CCUUGUUUUUCUGAUUGCGAAACGCAGCGUGAUUCAUAUUCCGACUGAAUGGAUGUCGUCAGAUUGCCUUCCGCUAAUGGUGCUGCUUGCCAACUCGGGCCAGACAGUCGACCGUCUGCGAUUUGUUGUACUUUUGUUUUUUAUACAGCUCCUGUUUCGAAACCACAUUAACAUGAUUGAUUGUCAUUUUUAAGUUUUUAACAGUUGUAAAUCGGGCAUUGAGUCGCGAUUUUAAGACUAUAGUUGGUGUUGUUUCUUAAGGAAAUGUUAAGGAGUUGAUGUAGCGCGGUUAUAUGGUGUCACAACCUGAAAGUUUUGAUUUACGGAUUCGUAUCGUUACUAGCGUUGAUGAUUGUGGCUGAAAACUAUGAUUCUGCUGCGGGAUCGCCAUAAUCGGAUUAUAUGGUCGGGAUUGUCUCCUCUGACAGUAUGUCGCUUUUCAGGGAUCUCCGUGUUGAUUCUGGCUGGUUUGGUCAGUCAGAGCAGCCAAUCUGUACAAACAGGUUUGCUCACGAGUCGCUUGCGCGGUUACGAUAUUCUCCAAGCGACAGAAGUGGCGCAUAAGAUUGUCAAGCGAGCCAGUAAUCCCAGUCCGAACGAUUAUAAUAAUAUGGUCGAUAUCAGGUUCUUCGCUCUUGACAAAAAUUUUCGACUGACUUUAACGCCGAAAGCCAGUCUCUUCGCUCCCGACAUGGAGUUCGCUGCCGUGGACGGUGACGGCGCUCGAACACCGUUCUACGUCAAUACGGAGGCGUUCUACGGCGGUCAUGUAUUUGGGGAAAAGGAUUCUGCAAUUAAUUUGCACUACGAAAAUAACCAGUUCACCGGAUCAGUUCGAACGUCGGAUGAAGUGUACUAUUUUGAACCAGCAGAUCUGCACCUGCCGGGUGCUGGCGAAGAUGCCACCUUGGUCUACCGAAAAUCGGAUAUCAUUGUCAAUGAUUCUGUAGAACGGAACGAAAGUCGCUGUGCCGCUGUAUCUGUUGUUGCAGACGAUGAUGUUGGUGAUUUCGAUGACUUGUCGCUUAGUCGUGAUAAACGCCAGAUCCCGACUUUUGUUCCGACUCACACACGGUGCGGAUUGCGAUUAGUGGCCGAUCAUCGCUUUUUCACUUCCAUUGGAGCUCGAAGCACAAAAAGGACCGUUACAUAUUUGAUCAACAUCAUCGACCGAGUUAAUGCCAUUUACAAUUCCACAAACUGGAACGAGGGACAUGACAAUGAUCCCUUGCUGGGCUACGGGUUCGUUAUUCAGGCGAUCAAUGUCUUGACGGAAGCGACGCGCACCAGAAAUGGUGACCCGCAUUAUAAUGAUGCGACGGCACGGGGCGAUUCAAAAGAAAUCCUGGACUUGUUCAGUCGCGAUCCUGACCACCAAAAUUUCUGCCUUGCUCAUCUUUUCACCGAUCAGGUUCUGGAAAGCGGUGUCCUGGGGUUGGCGUAUGUAGGGAAUGGACGCCGUGGUUCAGCAGGAGGAAUAUGUUCUGCGUCGUAUGAAAAGGAAGGACGGCAGCUGUACUUGAACUCGGGCCUGACAACCUGUCGCAAUCAGUUUAAUCAAAUUGUCAUCACCCGUGAAAUGGAGCUGGUGACGGCGCAUGAACUAGGUCACAAUUGGGGCAGUCAACACGAUCCCGAAACCAAAGAAUGUACUCCAGAAUCAAAAGAUGGUGGACGGUACUUAAUGUACAUGUAUUCUGUGACUGGACUGGAAACGAACAACAAGUUCUUUUCUCCGUGUAGUCGGCGUUCUAUUCGCGAUGUUCUUUUGGGAAAAUCAGGCGGAUGUUUUCAAAAACCACAAAAGUCUUUAUGCGGGAAUUUUCUGGUGGAAGAUGGGGAAGAAUGUGAUGCCGGCUACAUGGGAGCCGACGAUAAAGAUUACUGCUGCGAUCGGCAUUGCAGGUUACGACCAACAGCUAAAUGCAGUAAUCGCAACUCGCCAUGCUGCGAAAACUGCACAUUUAUGGACCGUGGUAGAAUUUGUUUUCCCGGGAAUCGUGACAUCUGCCAGGGUACUUCUUAUUGCACUGGUGAAAAUGCCGAAUGCCCGGCUCCACCGGCCGCUCCGGAUGGAACGUUCUGCUUUGACGAUGGACAGUGUCGGGCGGGACAAUGCUUGUCGUUUUGCGAAACGAAGGGGCUUAUUUCCUGCGUUUGCGAUAACAUAAUGGAAUCGUGCUUGGUCUGUUGUCGAAAACAGAACGAAACGUGUCAUCCACACGAUUUUUCCAAGUCACUUAAAAGCUACAAAUCCGUGCCGGAUGGAAGGGCUUGUAUUCAAGGCACCUGUUUACAGGGAACGUGCCGGAAAACGUCGGUGGACUUUGUGGCCAGAGUUUGGCUGGUAAUUGAGCGGAUUGACUUCAGCAAUUUUGCUGGGUUCUUGAAAAAUAAUAUCGUGGGAACUGUUAUCAUCUUGACUUUGAUUGUAUGGAUUCCGGGUAGCUGUUUGAUUCAUCGAAUGGAUAAAAAAUAUGAGGAAGAGCAUCCCGAUGUGUACGGUACACUGCGCAAAUCGGUGAUUGCUCAAUCAACGCAUGAUGUCAGCCGUACGCCACUGAUUAUUCCCCGCGUUGAUGCCCGGCCACGUUGGGAUGGUCCCGCUUCCGCCCGUGUCGUGACAUCACCCGGACAAUCCUCCAGCACCGCUGCCUCUGGCCGUGCACGGGCGGGUCCUAAACUGGCUAACAUUGUUCAGUUGGCCCUAGAAAACCAGAAGAGAGAAGCAGCAGCCAACUGGAAUCGUGCCUCUGAAGCCAAUACUACUGUGUGAUUUUUAUUCUGUGUAUUAAUACCGCAUUUUUCCUUGGUGAGUUCCUGUUUAUACGAUAACUUAUUGUUUAGUGAUUCCCGAACAUUUGCCUUAUUGUGCAAAACCGGUGCCGGCGGCAGCUUUUUUUUGGUUAUUUAGUUUGUUUGUUUAACGUUACUUUUGAGGUUGUUGUUGAGAUUUCCAGCCGUGAGUUGCUUUUAAAUGAUUUCAGUUGUAAUUACAAAGAAUUACUGGAUAGAUUCAAAUAUCACGAAAAAUGUUCGAAAUGAAAAGAAAAGUACA